CCCUAUCCUGAGCUUAUACAAACUCCUUUUUUUCCUGACACGGCUAGCUAAGCUUGAACCGACUGCUGGACGACGGAGAGGGAGACCAAGGCCGAGCAGACGCCGGCGGGAUCCCAACUGAAUUGUGAGGGGGGCCGCCGAGGCGGCGGAUGGCGCCCUCGUUGCUCGUCUCGGCGAGCCAAAUCCUCGCCGUUGCCGGCCGGGGAGGCCGUAGGCGGCGUCUGGUCAUCGCCAACUCCGGCGGUGCCGGCGCUCCCCCGAAGCUGGUGACUUUCCUCGGCAAGGGAGGCUCCGGCAAGACCACGGCGGCCGCCAUCGCCGCUCAGUAUUAUGCAAGUGAAGGCCUGAAGACAUGCCUGGUUAUACAGUCACAAGACCCGACAGCAGAGCAAUUGAUGGGCUGUAAGAUCGGGAACUCGCUCACAGAAUGUGCUGCUAAUCUUUCGACCAUUAAGCUUGAGACCAGUAAAAUGCUACUUGAGCCCCUUGACCGGUUGAAGAAAGUAGAUGCCCAGAGCAAUCUCACUCAAGGAGUUCUUGAGGGGAUUGUAGGGGAGGAACUUGGAGUCUUACCUGGAAUGGAUUCGAUCUGCUCAGUCUUGUCUCUUCAGAAGCUGCUCAACUUCUUUUCAGUUGGAACGAAUAGUCCACAGGGGGAAUUUGAUGUCGUAGUGUAUGACUGCAAUAAUACAGAGGAAUUUCUACGGCUCACUGGUGCUACUGAGAGGGCAAGAUCUUACUUGAAGUAUGUGAGGGAGCUAGCAGAGAAGACUGACAUAGGAAGACUGGCGUCGCCAUCGUUACUGAAACUGAUUUAUGAUGCCGCGAGACCAAGUGGUAGAACUGGUGAAGUAAGAAUGAGUGCAGAGAUAUGGAAUGAAAUCGAACAACUUCUUGAGAAAAUCUCGCUUUGGUUUGCUGAUCCCUCAAAACUUGCGUGCUUCCUCGUCAUGGACCCGAGAGGAUCAAUCUCGGUGUCCUCUGCGCUAAGAUACUGGGGUUGCACCAUCCAAGCUGGCGCGCAAAUAUGUGGAGCAUUUGGUUAUGCUGAAGACCCUUCUGAAAUGCACCAAGGAGUUGCUGAGAAGUUUUUGCCAUUGUCUUUCUCGUCUCUGCCAUUUGUACCAACUGAUUCUUCUGCGGAUUGGGGCAGAGCGUUAAAUUCAUUGAAUCAAAAUACAAAGGGGCUGUUGAGGAAUGCAAGCAAGGUUUAUCCUUCAGUUAGUUUUGAUUCUGCACAGAAGUCGGUGACCCUUUUCAUGCCAGGAUUUGACAAGUCUGAAAUCAAACUAUAUCAGUAUAGGGGCGGUUCGGAGCUACUGAUCGAAGCCGGCGACCAGAGGCGCGUAAUUAAGCUGCCACCGGCGAUGCAGGGGAAGGUCGGUGGCGCCAAGUUCGUCGACAGGAAUCUUGUCAUUACCAUCCGGUAGGCGGCAGCAGGGCCUUGGGUGAUCCGGAAAUCGGAGCACAGGCUCGAGAAACCAAACCGGUGGAGAACCGUGCAGCACCGUAAUGUAAACCCGAUAUAGACCGGUUCCUGGUGAUGUCUGUCAGCAUCGUUUUUCCAUUUUGCUGUAAACAUGGUGAGAUUUCUCACAACGGCAUUAUAGAAGUGGAAGAAAAAGGGCAGUCCACAUGAAAUGCCUGAGAAAAUGGCUUUUGA